AUGUUAAAAAAGUUUACUGUAUUUGACUUGGACAGAACAUGAAGAAAAAGUUUAAUAUUUUAUGAAGGGUAAAAGUUAAAUUGGGCUAUUUGUUUGGCCCCUCUCACAACAUCGCACGGAUCCAAAUCCAGAUCAUACCGAAGAAGAAGAAGAAGAAGACACGCACCAUCCAUCCAUCCAUCUCAAAGAGGGAGCUUUGAUUUGAAUCUGAAUUUUGAUCAAAAGAUGGGUUUCCUGAUAACAAGCCUAAUCUUCGUGGUCGUUGGGAUAAUUGCUUCUCUGUGCGUUCGAAUCUGCUUCGCUAGAGGUCCCUCCACAAAUCUGCUUCACUUCACCUUGGUCAUUACUGCCACGGUCUGCUGCUGGAUGAUGUGGGCGAUUGUAUACAUUGCACAGAUGAAUCCUCUGAUUGUCCCAAUCCUAAGCGAAACAGAGUAGCAUCCUCUCACCUACUCAGGCUAUGAACAAAGUGAGUGGUAAUACCGGGUUGCUUGCCUUCUUCUGCUUUCGAUUCUUGUGUAUCUUCAAUCUUUUAAAUGGGUUUGUAAUUCUGUUUCCUAGUGUGUGAACAAAAAUCCAUAAACUUUUUGCCUCUGUAUUAUUGGAAAUUUCCAUGUAUUCAAUUCCCAAAACAAGCUGAGAUGCUCAAAACAAUGUAUUGUUGUUGAAAUAAUGUCUUUGAGAGGGACGAGUUUUAUCCGUCCUUUUAUCAUA